CUGGAAAUUUACGUCGAGAACACGCGAUGGAGAAGAAAACAACAACACUUAAUUCUUCAAAAGAUUCGCGUUUUAUCAUAGUUAUUUAAGUAUGUCUAUGAAAAAUAUCUUCGAUGAGGAUGGUGUGGAUGAUGAAUUUCACAUAAACGAACAGUAUGCUUCCAAAUAUGAUGGAUGGAGACGAAAUGAAGAACUGCAAAAGUUGAAAGACAAGUAUGGAGAUGUUGAUGAUCUUGAAGAGUCUGAAAGCUCCUCUUCGGAUGAUGAAUUUGCUGAGCCCGACAACCCCAAGUUCAACAAAGCUUUCCUCAAGGCCCUCAGUGCAAUACAGUCAAAAGAAUACAGUGACUUGAAAGGCAAGCCAUUCUUUACUGAGGAAGAUUAUGGACCGAAAAAGAAGAAGGAAAAAGAGGAGAAGCCCAUGACACUUAAAGAUUAUGAGCGUCACAUUAUCCUAGACCAUGGAGGGAGACUGAAGAUGACGAAGAGGAAGAGGAAAUAUGAAUACAGAAGAUCCAGCAGAAAGAAGAACGUUUCAUUUAGGACAAACGAUGACCUUAUCAAUGGCUUCAAGAAUGACGUGGAGAGCAGUGAUGAUGACGACCUCUUCACAUCGGGGCUUUUUAAAGUUAAAGAGUCACAGAAAGUAGAAAAAAAACAUGAAGAGGAGGAUGAAGAAGAUGUAAUUAACUUCGUCAAAGGUAAGAAGAAGUCCCUAAAGGAUAAGGAGGAUGAGGCCAUUCUGCAGACCCUGAGAGAUAAGUGGAGCAACCCAAACAUCUCGAAGGAUGAGAAGUGGCUUGCUGACUUUUUCCUCAACCAAAAAUAUCUAGAAGAGGAGGAUGGGAAGGUCGAGCGAGCAUAUAAUGAAACCGUCAUUGAUGAGGAAACUUUGUCAGAUGAUGAAAAGACCUUGGAAAAAAUGGACGAUUUUGACAGACAAUAUAGAUUCAGGUUUGAAGAACCAGAGCAGGAAUUCCUGAAGCACUAUCCAAGAAAUAUUGAGGAUUCACUCCGAGCAAAAAAACAGAAAAGAAAGGAGGUGCGUGAAGCCUAUGAAAAACGGAAGAAGGAAGAAAAAGAGCAAAAAAGACAGGAGAUUGCUCGACUGAAAUCCCUCAAAUAUCAGGAGAUUCAAGACAAAAUUCAGAAGAUCAAACAAGCUUCAGGAAAUGAGGAUAUAGAUUUAGGUAAUGAUGAACUGGAGGAAGACUUUGACCCGGAGGCGCACGAUGCUAAGAUGGCUAACAUGUUUGGGGAUAACUACUACAACAUGGAGGACGAGGAUGAUAGAAAGCCAGUGUUUAGCGAUGAUGACGAUGAUCUCAAGGAUUAUGAUGAAUAUGUGGAUAAAUACGGGAAGAGUGUUGUGGGAGGAGGAGGUGAUGACUCAGACCAGUGUGAUGAUGGGGAAGAGCAAGAAGAACAGGACUAUGAUGAGAACUUUGAUUAUGAAAAUUUCAAUAUGGAUGCUGAUUAUGAUCCAAAUGAAGAAUCCAAGAACAACCAGCAGGAAGUUACAGAAUCCUCAUCCAGAGUUAAUCGCAGAAGAAAGUCAAAGUUUGCUCGGGCACUCAAGAAAAAGAAGCCUGUGUUUAACCCUGAUGAGAAGGAUUUUGACUCCUAUUUUAAUGAGUAUUACAAUCUCGACUUUGAAGACAUUGUGGGAGGAGUGCCAUGCCGGUAUAAAUAUCGGAAAGUAGAGGCAAAUGACUUUGGUCUGUCAACUGAAGAGAUUCUCAACGCUGGUGUUACUGAGCUCCAGAAAUGGAUCCCAAUUAGACAGAUAUUAAGACAUGACAGAACAGAUGCAAUGGAGAAGAGAGAUCGGAUCAAUUAUAGGCAGCGUGCAGAGAUGCUGCACAUUAAGCAGAAAAUUCUUCCCAGUCUUUUUGCCGAAAAUCCAGAAGAUAUUUUAGAAGCAGAGGAAGAAAAGAAAAGACAAAAGAACCUGAAGAAGAAGCUAAGACGACAGAAGAAGCUAGAAGAGCAGGAGAGCAUGUUAGGUGAAGGUAGCACUGAACUAGACGAUGGAGAGAACACAGAAAGAUCUCGGAAAAAGCGCGAAUUAGAAGGAGCCAAUACAAAAUCCCCUAAGAAGAAGAGAAAGGAGGAGGAGGAGGAGGAGAAGGAGGAUGAAGUCAAAGAAGACCAGAAUGGGGAAGUUGAAACACCAAAGAAAAAGAAGAAGAAAAAGAAGAAGUUAGCAGCCAUUGAAGGACAUCAAGAACCAGAAGUAGAAACAGAAACAUUCACAGAGGAGAGAAUUGAUGAAAAAACAACAGAGGAGGAGGAAGAAUACCAAGAACCAGAAAUGGAAAUACCAACAGAGGAAAGUCAUAAGAAAAAGAAGAAAGUCGUUGAAGAAAAUCAGGAAAAUGAGAACAAGAAGAAGAAAAAGAAAAAGAAGAAGAAGAACAAAGAGGAAGCAGAAGAGGAGGAGGUAAAGGCACAAGAUGUAAGUGAAGUAAUUAAGCCUCCAAGGAAAGAGAAACGGAAAUGGAAGAAAAAUGGAAAGGAAGAUCCUUUCCUCCAGGGAAUAUGUGAUGCAAGACUGGCAGCAUACGGAGCAAACCCAAAGAAAAUCAAGAACAGGGUGAAAUAUGGGAAAAAAUCUGUUGACUGAAAAAGGGGAAGUAGUUGUUUUCAUUCUGAGUAUCUCAAAAGGAACAGCUGGGAAUUUUUUAUAAUUUACACUAAUAAAGUGUAUUUUGCCAGAGUU